AAUAAAAAUAAUAAUAAUUUUAGAUGUAAGAGCAUAGUACUGAUCUCAAAAUGUUCUCUCCUCCUCAAACUCUCCUUCAAAACCUCUCUGAACCUGAUUGUUUCUCUUUGAUGGAUGUUAAUGGUCUUGUUUGUCUUUGGUGAAAAGCUUUUCUCUUCACCGUCGACUGAGUUGUUAAGGCUAUGCAUGUUUCAUCUCUAAGACACUCUGGAAAGUUUCCAAGGUUUUUCUUUCUUCACUUCCACUUCAAUUCUAUUAUUUCUCUCUGUUUAAAUCUCAACUUACUUUCUGUCUUCAGUUUUAUUAUAAAUCUCUGUGUUCCACUGUUGCUUACCAGAAAAAACAAAAAAAAAAAUUCCUGUAUUCUCUUUUGAUUUUAGGAAACUUUGUAAUCUUCUCCUCUGCAACUCUAUUUUAUUUACUCUGUGUUGAACAAUUACCAAAACAGUAUUCUCUGCAUUCUGUUUUCAUUUUACUAAGCUCACUUUCUUCUUUGCAAUUUCUGUUUUACAACACAAGUUCUCUUUGUCCAAUUAUAUUGUAAUUCUCUAUAGUCAACCUUGCUUGUCAAAAAAAAAAAAAACUUUAGAUCCCCUCUUGCAAAGUGUUCCUUUGAUAUCUUCAUGUCCUCUACAAAAUUGUAUUUCUCUUUGUUCAACUGUUACUUACCAGGAUAAAGAAAUCUCUGUAUAUCUUCUUUUGUUCUAGAAAUCUUUGUAAUCUCUUCCUCUGCCACUCUAUUUUAAGUCUGUGUUCAACAAUUACUAUUCUGUUUUCAAUAGUUGUCUGUUUUCUUCUAGUUUUACAUAUUGCAUUCCAGAAAAAGGGGAAAAAAAAAAAAAGAAAAGAAAAGAAACAGGGAGAGAGGUACAUUACUGAAAUAGAAGUGAGAAAUGGCUACUGGUUGGGUUGGUUUUGUCGGUCCAACUGUAGGCAAGAUUGGAGAAUUUCUAAUGGCUCCAGUUGGCCGUCAUUUCGGUUAUCUAUUUUCCUAUAAAAGCAAGGUCAAGAAUCUGAAAGAUGAAGUCAAGAAGUUGGAUGAGAAAAGAGAUGCAAUGCAGCUAUCAGUUGAUGAAGCAAAAAGAAAUGUAAAACGUAUCGGACCUGAUGUUAAGGGGUGGCUGGAAAGGGUUGAUAAAUGCCGCAUAGAGGCCAGAGAAAUUCUAAAAGAUGAAGUUGAAGCAAGCAAAGGGUGUCUAUAUGGGUGGUGUCCAAACCUGCCGUUACGUUACUCGCUCAGUAAGAAAGCAACCAACAAGGCAAAAGAGGUGGCUCAGUUGCACGAAGAGAGGAAACUGACGGAAGUGGCCUACAACGAGCCUCUACCUGGGAUAGAAUUCACAUCCACUGAAGGUAUUAAGCUUUUUGAAUCUAGAAGAUUGAUUAUGAACGAUGUCAUGGAGGCACUGAAGGAUGAUAGAUUCCACAUGAUUACAAUAUGUGGGAUGGGAGGUGUUGGUAAGACAACAAUGGUGAAAGAAGUUGCCAAAAGAGCAAAAGAAUUGAAAUUGUUUGAUGAGGUUGUGAUGGCUGUAGUGUCCCAAAGUCCUAAUGAAAGAAAGAUUCAAGGUGAAAUUGGAGAUAAUUUGGGUUUGAAAUUUGAGGAGGAGACUGAACGUGGAAGAGCAAAUCGACUGUGUGAAAGACUAAGGCGCACCAAUAGAAUCCUUGUCAUAUUGGACGAUGUUUGGAAGCGUCUCGAACUGAAUGACAUAGGAAUUCCAUUUGGAGAUGGUCAUAGAGGUUGCAAAAUUUUGCUGACUUCUAGAUUUGAUAAUGUAUGCAACGAUAUGAAUGCUCAAAAGAAAUUUACAGUUGAAGUCUUAACUGAAGAAGAAGCAUGGAAUCUCUUUCAGGAGAUGGCUGGAAUUUCCAACCACACAAGUCACACAAGUACUGAUUUGUAUAUCACGCAGAAGAAAGUUGCGGAUGAAUGUGGAUGUUUGCCGAUUGCUAUUGUUACAGUUGCGAGGGCACUCAAAGGUAAAGAUGAGCAGUCAUGGAAUUCAGCCCUUCUACAGUUACGUAAGUCCAUGGUAAAAAACAUCAGGGAAGUAGAAGAAAAUGUGUUUAAAUCUCUGGAGUUGAGUUACAACUUCUUAGGAAGUAGAGAAAUUAAGGAAUGCUUUUUGCUCUGCUCCUUAUAUGCUGAAGAUUUUAAUAUUCCAAUUGAAGAUCUCGUUAGAUAUGGAGUUGGGAUAGAGAUGUUUGAGGCCAUUGAUAGUGUCAACGAAGCAAGAGACAGAGUACAUGCCUUUGUCGAUGACUUAAAAAAAGGCUAUCUCUUGAUGGAUGGUGAACAAGAAGGUUGUGUUAAAAUCCAUGAUGUAGUUCGUGAUGUUGCUAUAUCAAUAGCAUCUAGGGAGGAGCAUUCAUUUAUGGUAAGAUGUGACGAAGCAUUGAAAGAAUGGCCGGAGAAAGAACGACACAAAAAUUAUGCUGUAAUUUCAUUGCGAUGCACUGGUAUGAGCAAGCUGCCUGAUAAUCUAGAAUUUCCAGAACUCCAUCUUUUACGGCUAGAGGACAAUUAUGCAUCAAAACUACCAAAUCUCCCAGAUAGUUUCUACGGAGGAAUGAAGGAACUCAAAGCUUUAAGCAUGUUGAAUGUGUACAUAAAAGGAUCACUGCCGACAUCCCUGCGAUGGUUGACCAACCUCCGAAGCUUGUCAUUAUACGAAUGCGGACUGAUCAAUGAUGUAUCUGUAAUAGGAGCGUUAGAGAAUCUAGAAAUUUUGAGUUUCGAAGGCACCCAAAUCGAGGAGUUGCCAAAAGAAAUAGGUCGGCUUAGUCACUUGAAGCUACUGGAUUUGUUGCGAUGUGAUGUGAAGACGAUUUGCCCAGGUGUUCUGUCGAGCUUAUCAAAGCUAGAAGAGUUGUAUCUUGGGUCUAGCUUUAAUGAUGUAUACAGGACUAAAGCGACUUUGACUGAGUUGUGUGGGUUGUCUAAUUUUACAACUUUGGUCAUUCACCUACGGCAUUUUGCAUACUGGCCAAGAGACUUGGUCCUUACGAAUCUAAAAGCAUUCGCUAUAAGCAUUGAGUACCGAAAUAGCUAUUUAUCUCAGAGGAUGAUCGGCACUAGAGAUUGUCGUGAUUAUCAGUUACAAAACCAGUUGAGUCUCGAGGAUCUUCACGAGAGCGAUCUUAUGGAGAGUGAGUUCAAGAAUCUUCUCAAGAUCACUAAAAUUGUAGAAUUAACACGAGCAGUAGGUGUGAAGAAUGUUGGCUAUGAUUUAGACAAAGAUGGUUUCAAAAAAUUAACAGAAUUGUCCUUGCAAAGUUGUCAGGAUCUGGAAUAUGUCAUUGACACAACAGAUGGGGUUCCAGUUCCACAAAUAGCCUUCCCUGUGUUGCAGUCGCUAUGUCUCGAAAAUUUAGAUAAAUUGAAAGAGAUUUGUCAUGGCCAACUACCGGAGGAGGCCUUCAGUGCCUUGAAAAGGCUGAAACUACAGGACUUGCCCGCAUUGACACAUUUGUGGAAGGGUCCUACUCAACUUGUACGGCUCCACAACCUAACUUCUCUAGAACUGCAGAGCUGUCAUAAACUGGAAAGGAUGUUCUCAUUAUCCAUAGCCAGAGAUCUAAUGCAACUACAGAUACUUCAUGUAUGUGCUUGUCGUAAGAUGGAAGUACUUAUUUCAAGUGAAGAAGAAGGAGAUCAAAAUGAGAUAGCAUCAACAACAACAGAAACAACAGAUAAAAUUGUGUUUCCCAAACUAAAGGAAUUGUAUCUUGAUAGCCUGCCAAGUUUUACUGCCAUCUGCGAGGUUAUGAAUGGAAUUGAGUUGCUGCAAUUGAACGAGCUGAAACUCUGCGAGAUACCAAUGCUCAAUAGUUUUUGCAAUACAUCGGAUAGCAAUUACGAUACUAUUCAACCUCUCUUCAAUAAGGUGGCCUUCAGUGCGUUGAAAGAGCUGAAACUAUGGGGCGUGCCCGCAUCGACACAUUUGUGGAAGGGUCCUACUCAACUUGUACGGCUUCGCAACCUCACUUUUCUAGAAUUGAAGAGAUGUGAUAAACUGGAAAGCAUGUUCUCAUUAUCCAUAGCCAGAGAUCUGAUGCAACUUGAGAUACUUCGUGUAUCUAAAUGUCAUAAGUUGGAAGUACUUAUUUCGAGUGAAGAAGAAGGAGAUCAAAAUGAGAUAGCAUCAACAACAACAGAAACAACAGAUAAAAUUGUGUUUCCCAAACUAAAGGAAUUGUAUCUUGAAAGCCUGCCAAGUUUUACUGCUAUCUGCGAGGUUAUGAAUGGAAUUGAGUUGCUGCAAUUGAACGAGCUGAAACUCUGCGAGAUACCAAUGCUCAAUAGUUUUUGCAAUACUUCGGAUAGCAAUUACGAUACUAUUCAACCUCUCUUCAAUAAGGUGGCCUUCAAUGCGUUGAAAGAGCUGAAACUAUGGGACGUGCCCGCAUCGACACAUUUGUGGAAGGGUCCUUCUCAACUUGUACGGCUUCGCAACCUCACUUUUCUAGAAUUGAAGAGAUGUGAUAAACUGGAAAGCAUGUUCUCAUUAUCCAUAGCUAGAGAUCUGAUGCAACUAGAGAUACUUCGUGUAUCUAAAUGUCAUAAGUUGGAAGUACUUAUUUCGAGUGAAGAAGAAAGAGAUCAAACUGAGAUAGCAUCAACAACAAUAGAAGCAACAGAUAAAAUUGUGUUUCCUAAACUAGAGGACUUGUAUCUCCAAGACCUGCCAACUUUUACUGCUAUCUGCAAGGCUAUGAAUGGAAUUGAGCUGUUGCAAUUGAACAAGCUAACACUCAGCCAGAUGCCAAAGCUCAGUAGUUUUUGUAAUGCUUCGGAUAGCAAUUACAAUACUAUUCAACCUCUCUUCAAUAAGGUUAAAUUAAUUACCAUUGAGAAAUUGGUGAUCUCUGGAAUGGAUAACGUGAUAGAGAUAUGGCCUAGGGAACUUCAACCUAAAGUGGGAGAGAUGUUAAUUUCGCAUUGUCGUAAGCUAUUGAAUAUUCUCAAGGGCAUGCAGAGUAUUGAACGACUUAUAGUGGGGUGCUGUCAAUCUGUGGAAGUAGCAUUUGAUCUUGAAGGAAUGAUUGUUAGAGAAGGCUAUCCAGAUAUCGUGCUCCCUUCAUUAACAGUAUUGGACCUACUUUAUCUACCAAAGUUGACACAUGUUUGGAAGAACAACUUACUAAGAAUUCCAAGCGUUCAGAACCUGACCUCCUUAGCAGUAGUGGGUUGUAGCAGUUUGAGAUAUAUAUUCUCAUCUUCUCAAGCCAAACUUCUUGUGAAACUACGACAAAUAUUUGUAGCUGAAUGUGGUGUGCUGGAAGCGAUUGUUAAUGAGGAACCAAAAGUAGAUGAUGAAGUCGCAACAAAUAUAAUCAUGUUACCGCAACUAAAUAGUCUCGAACUCUAUCAUCUGCCAAACCUCAAGAGUUUAUGUCCCCAAGCUUACACAUUUGAAGGAUCAUUCUUCAAGAAGAUAGAAGUAAUCAACUGUCCCAACAUGAGGGCACUCCCUUCAGCAUUGCAGCGCAUGCUAGAGCUACAAGAGAGCAGUGUUCGAGAAGUGGAAUUUUUUAACUCAGCUCAACAUCAUCUCUUGGAUAGAAAGUUUAGUUUAAGCACCAAGGGAAUGCUUGAUGUCACAGGAAUAGAUGAGCCAACUGAGAUAUGGCACAAUCAACUUGAAGUCGGAUGCCUUCACAAAGUAAGAUUCAUGCGAGUCCAGUGUUGUGGAAAAUUAUCAAGUGUUGUCUCGUCCAAGUUAAUGCAAAGGCUGCACAAUAUACAAUGGCUAAAAGUAUGGUGGUGUGAUUCACUGGAAAUGAUAUUUGAUCUCCAAGAGGGGGUAUGUGCUGAUGUUGCUGAGAAAGAAAUAUUAAUCACUCAGUUAAGCAAAUUGAUAUUGAAGUAUUUGCCCAAGUUGACAAACAUAUGGAAGAAUAUUUCCCAACAAACUCAUUGUUUCAAAAAUCUACGAUUUCUAACAGUGCAGCACUGUGACAACCUGAGAUAUAUAUUCACAAUUUCCAUGGCCAACGUUCUUGUGAAUCUACUAAAUCUAACUGUUGAACAUUGCGAGAAGGUAGAAAAGAUUGUCACCAGGGAAAACGAAGAAAUCUUUUCGCAAAGAAUUUACUCUAUCAAACUUAUAAAUCUUCCGAGUCUCGUGUGUUUUGGCCCGGAUGUAAAUAAUACUGAAAUUCCAGCAAGAAGAACGUCUGUAAGACUCUGCCCCAAAUUUCCAGGCAACGAGGAUGAAGUUGACUUUGACUUUGAUGGCAUUGAGAUUGACUUGGACUUUGAGGACGAUGACAACAAUGAGGAUGAAGUUGACUUUGACGACGAUGACAACAAUGAGGAUGAAGUUGACUUUGACUUUGAUGGCAUUGAGAUUGACUUGGACUUUGACGACGAUGACAAUUAGCAACGUUGUCAGGUGAUUUUCGCGGCAUGAUUUUCUCAAAUUCUAUGAAGAUCAAGAAGUUGGAGAAACAAGCCAAGGUUACAGGGUGGUCUCAUAUAUGUGUGGAAACUAUCUAGUUGUUAAGAUUACAUUUAUGGGACUAUUGUCUAAAUUUGAAUAAGCUAUUAGCUCUUACUAUUUGCUCUUUGUAGUGUGUGUUCUUGUUUGUUGGGUUGAUGAUGCUACUAGCAAAACCUUGUGUUUUGUGGGUACAACUGGACUUACUUUAUUAUUAGCCAUGUAAUAAUUUAUGGGUGAAUUUGAAAUUUGUGUUUUGUGUGCAAUUGCACCAAUGUCAUGAGUGAUUGUCAAUAUUAUUGAAUAAAUUAUACAGGAGACUCAAA